AGCUUUUCACCAGUCGCUCCACGCAGUCACUCCUAUUUGGGAGUUCGCUAUCAAAUGCUCCGUCGCGGUAAACGUUACACAUGUUCCUACAAAUACGCCGCCACAGUCCGACUGUGUUGUAGUUAAGUGGCAUGUCAUGUCACGGUAAUAUUGACCGUCCAAAAUCAUCGGCAUGGUUUUUGGAUCAUUUUAACAAAUUCAGUUGUUAUUUAUCUAUUUCAUUUUAGACGGUUUUUGUCUAUUUAUUAAAUUUGUUAAGUUUUGUUUUUAGUGAAUUUGUAUAUAAAUUAAUUCAAAUAUUUAUUCUUAGUGGUGUAUCGCGAUUAUCGUGUGUACAGUGAUCUCAAAUAUUAUUAAGGACGAAUAAACGUGAACUUUUGUUCAGGUAAACACUUAAUUGCAACUUCAAUCAAAUGUGAAAAUUAUUUAUGUUAAAUUUGAAAUGUGUUGGGCUUUACCCGUGAAUUCUGUCAUGAUUUGGCUAAUUAUUAUUGCAUCCUUAACUCCCAUAACGGUUAAAUCAAAUCACACGGGCUGGUUAAGGCGAGUGCCCAUCCAAGCAAAGUUUCCUGAAGUGCGUAUGCGGCACAUGCGACAUUCAGGGAUUUUCAAUAAUCAGUCGAGUCAUACUUUUUUGUGGCCAGUUAAAAAAGAAGCCGUAGUGGAAGGCGAUUUGCUUCUAGGUGGACUUAUGAUGGUACAUUCUCGAGAGGAUACACAGUUUACAUGCGGCCCAAUUAUGGCUCAAGGCGGUAUACAAACUGUGGAGACCAUGUUGUACACCUUAGAUCAAAUUAAUAAGCGAUGGACAAAAUUCAAAAUAGGUGCUUUGAUAUUGGAUGACUGUGAUAAGGAUACGUAUGGUUUAGAAAUGGCUAUUGAUUUUAUAAAAGGUUCUAUUAGUAACAUAGAUGACACUCAAUACUCUCAUUGUAACAAAUCACAAGUGAAAAAAGUAAUAUCGGGUGUUGUUGGUGCGGCUUCAAGUGUCACGUCUGUUCAAGUAGCAAAUUUACUUCGUCUUUUUAAAAUACCACAGGUCUCUUUUUGGUCCACAAGCCCUGAUUUAACUAACAAACAGCGUUUCGAGUACUUUUCACGCACAAUACCAUCUGAUCUGUACCAAGUUAAGGCUAUGGUAGAAAUCGUUCGAACUCUCGGCUGGAGUUACAUAUCCGUUAUUUACGAAGAAUCAAAUUACGGCGUCAAAGCUUUUCAGGAAUUAGAGGUACUGUUGGCCGAAUACGAUAUAUGCAUUGCCGUGAAAGAAAAAUUGGUCAAGGAUUCUGGUGUAGCCGAGGAAAAGGCUUAUGAUGAAAUCGUGCUCAAACUAUUAAAAAAGCCAAGAGCUAAAGGUGUUAUAGUGUAUGGAUCCGAUCAGGAAGUAGUAAGUUUGAUGAAAGCUGUAAGAAGAAACAACGCGACAGGAAACUUUUCAUGGAUAGGCUCGGAUGGUUGGAGCGCUAGAGACAUGGUGUCAGACACAAAUGAAGCUGAAGUUGAAGGAUGCGUCUCUGUUCAACCACAAGCCAACCCUGUAAUUGGAUUUGAGGAAUAUUUUUUAGGACUCACCGUAGAAAAUAACAAGAGAAAUCCUUGGUUCACAGAAUUUUGGGAAGAACAUUUUCAAUGCCGAUACCCAGGCAGCAUGAGAACACCUUACAAUACUAAUUAUUCCACUAUGUGCAAUUCCAGUUUUCAUCUUACCGAAAAAAUUCCGAAAUUUGAAAAUCAGUUACAGUUUGUAAGUGACUCUGUAUUAGCGUUUGCACAUGCACUUUACGAUAUGCAUUAUGAAUAUUGUGGUCCCAAUACGUUCGGUCUUUGUGAUGCAAUGAAACCUGUCAAAGGACCAGAGCUUCUAAAGUACCUUAGAAAAGUCCAUUUUAAAGGUCUGACAGGAGACAAUUUCCAUUUCGACGAAAACGGCGACGGCCCAGCACGCUACAAUAUUAUUCACUUUAAACAAGUAGAACCGGGUGUAUACAAAUGGAUUAAAGUGGGAGAAUAUUCGGGAAAUCGACUUAAGCUCAACGUGUCUGAUAUGCGUUUUAAAACUGAAAUGUCGCAUCCGCCUGAAUCAGUUUGCAGCUUACCUUGUAAGAAAGGACAAGCAAAACAAUAUCUUGAAGGCGAAAAAUGCUGUUGGCACUGUUACAAUUGUACACACUACCAGAUCCGAUCACCGACAGAUGAGACAAUGUGCAUACCAUGUCUUCAGGGCACACUGCCAGACGUUAACCGAGAACAAUGUUUGGAAAUACCGGAAGUGUUUUUGCGAAUCGGAAGUAGCUGGGCCAUCAGUGCUAUGACCCUUUCAGCAGUUGGAGUGGCUGUCACAUUACUAGUGGUAGCCGUAUUUGUCAAACAUAACCACACACCCAUUGUCAAGGCCGCUGGCAGAGAAGUUUCGUACGUGCUCUUGUCCGGCAUACUGUUGUGUUAUCUGAUCACGUUUGUCUUAGUGCUCAAACCAACAGAUAUCGUUUGCGGUAUUCAGAGGUUUGGUGUUGGAUUCUGUUUUACAGUAGUGUAUGCUGCAUUAUUAACCAAAACAAACCGAAUAUCACGAAUAUUCAAUGCCGGUCGCCGCACAGUAAAAAGACCAAAUUAUAUUUCACCUAAGUCUCAAUUAGUCAUAUGCACAGGACUAAUAUCUAUACAAGUACUCAUAAAUGGUGUCUGGAUGCUUGUAAGCCCACCAAGAGCUAUUCAUUAUUACCCAAGCAGAGAUUCCAAUAUAUUGGUAUGUUCCUCGUUCAUCAACACGUCUUAUGUAACAGCAUUCGGUUACCCAAUUGUGUUGAUUGUGAUAUGUACUGUAUACGCCGUACUUACUAGAAAUAUUCCAGAAGCAUUCAAUGAGUCAAAGCACAUCGGUUUCACUAUGUACACAACAUGCGUUAUAUGGCUGGCUUUUGUGCCGUUGUACUUCGGAACGGGUAACCAUACUCCACUGAGGAUAACGACCAUGUCAGUCACCAUCAGUUUGUCUGCCAGCGUCACUAUUGUUUGUCUUUUCUCGCCUAAGCUGUACAUUAUCCUGUGCCACCCCGAACGCAACGUGCGCCAAAGUAUGAUGCCCAACAUGAGGUUGACCGGCACCAAAACGUUCACGACUACCAACACCAACGCCGUGGCAGCCAACAAUUCGUUGAGGAGACACAGUUCGUUAACUUAUAAAGACUCUAGUACGGACAUGCAAAUGAUUUUAGAGAACCGGAAACAUCUGACCGAUCAAGAAGUCCAAACCGAAGAGACAAGAAUACGAGAGUCGUAAUAGUAAUAAUCAGCGAUCAUUGUUUUUGUUUUUAUUUGUUACUGUUAUUCAUCAAUACGUAUAAUAUAAGCGUACUAUAUGUGCAUAUAUAAAAUAUAAAAAAGCUAUAUACCCGUGUAAAAAGACUGAAACGAAUGUUGUUACCCCGAGAAGAAUUCCAAUCGUAUGGCAUAAAAAUAUUAUGACGCUCAUCAUGUUAAAAGCUUUUUGUGAUGUCAAUAAGUUGUAUAGUCGGUUACCACAAGAUAUCAAUAACCAAAAAAAAAUAUUUGUGCAGCCCAAACAAAUGAAAUGUGUAUCGCUUUCUAGUUUACUUUUAUUCACGUCAUAUUCCAAUUGUUAAAAUAAGGUUCACUCAAAACUUAAAAAAACAACAAACACUACAAUAAUAAGUUUCAACCAGGGCCGGAUUUAGGAAUGUAGAGGACCUGGGAUCCAUCAAAAAUAAUUUUCCUCGCUUUGCUCAGAAUAUUGAUAAAUUUUUUUUUUUUUUGGGUAAUAUAUUUCAUAUAUAUAUAAUGAAAUAAAUAACACGAUAUCCUAGCCAAAAAAAUGGCUCUUAAUAAACCUGACUACCUAAAAUGAAAUCUAUACAUUUUUAACAAUUUAAUCGGCGCAUGUUACCGUUGUCAGUUGUAUAAAAAACAACUAUUCUACUUCAAUAAUAAAAUAUGAAGUAAAAAAAAAGUUAACCCUAACAACACUAAUAAAAUUUAAAAUAAAUCUCUAGUAAUAUUUAAAAAUACAUUAAUCAAAUUUACGUACUCAACCAAAGAAUAAUUAAAUUAUAAGUACCUAGUGCAUGAUUAUGCAAUUAGUUUGUAAUGGUUAAAAAAAUAUAUGAGUACUAGAAAAAAUACCAAAUAAAGUCAAAUAAUUUACUAAAUAAAAAAUAGACUUCAUAUAAACUUAAUUUAACCCGAAUGUAUAAAAAGAUGUACUUCAAUAGAAAAAAUUGCACCGUUUCUCUUAAUUUCAAAUGUGACACUUUCCGAUAUCCAAUAAGUAAAUUAAAUAUUGAUUACGUGCAGACAAUCAAGCAAGUUUUCUGGAAAUACAGAGAUAAUGAUGAAAAUAAAAAAUAAAAACAACUUCGGUAUUAAAUAUUUUUGGUGGGUCAACUUGUUAUCCGUCGGUUGUCAUAUUUAGACUGAGGACUGAUAUCUAAUUUAAUGCCAAUACCGUCACUGCAAUAAUUUUCUGAGAAAAACGUAUUCAAAUUUUUUAUUAUAAUUAAUACGUUAAAAUAAGACUCUCGCGAUCAUUUGCACGCAAAGAAAAUAUUAAAAAAAAAUAGAAUAAUGAAGUUGAAGAAUUGUAAACAUAAGGUGCAUCCCAAUUCAAUGUAUAAUGAA